CUCCUUGUUUCGAGAGAGGAGCAUUGAAUGAGCAAAUCGACGAGGUCGUGUUCAAAUUACAAACGAUGUCGAUCGCGUAAAAAUCAUCUCGAACUCUAAUCCCUCGAUCCAUCGCGAUUAGAUCCCUUGUUUCCUUCGAUCUAAUCGGAAUCCGGGAUUAGGGUUCUCGAUUCCCUUCGAUCGGAUCUCCUUUUGGGCGAAUUUUUUGCGGUCUUCGUCCAUGGCUGCGCCACCGGCUAGGGCUAGGGCGGAUUACGAUUACCUUAUAAAGCUUCUCCUGAUCGGUGAUAGUGGUGUUGGUAAGAGUUGCCUCCUUUUGCGAUUCUCGGAUGGCUCCUUCACCACCAGCUUCAUUACUACAAUUGGAAUUGACUUUAAGAUAAGAACAAUUGAGCUGGAUGGUAAGCGGAUCAAACUGCAGAUUUGGGACACAGCUGGUCAGGAGCGCUUUCGGACUAUUACAACUGCAUAUUACCGAGGGGCCAUGGGUAUUUUGCUGGUUUAUGAUGUCACCGACGAGUCAUCAUUUAACAACAUAAGAAACUGGAUCAGGAACAUUGAACAACAUGCUUCUGAUAAUGUGAACAAGAUUUUGGUGGGCAACAAGGCUGACAUGGAUGAAAGCAAAAGGGCUGUUCCUACUGCAAAGGGGCAAGCACUUGCCGAUGAAUAUGGCAUUAAGUUCUUUGAAACUAGUGCAAAAACAAACUUAAAUGUGGAGCAGGUAUUUUUUUCAAUCGCUAGAGAUAUCAAGCAGAGACUUGCUGAGACUGAUUCAAAACCUGAGGAUCGGACGAUUAAGAUUAACAAACCGGACCAGGCCGCUGCUGAGAGUGCUGCAGCUUCGAGGUCAUCUUGCUGCGGUACUUCCUGAUGAUGAAUGCUCUUUGACUUUAUUUGGAUCUAAUUUGUUUUUUAUAGGAGGAUAUUUGUGCGAAGAUAAUUUGAUGAUACGGUGAUGCUUUGUAUUGUUGUCAUUUCAUUCUUUGCAACAACUUCUCUUUGUUUGUAAUGUAUUUCCGGAAUUCUUCGACUCGAAAGCCUUUGAUUUUGGGAUUUGGUUGGCCAAGCUUUUCAUCUCCA